GAGGAGGAGCUGGAGGGGGCGCGGCUUCCUCCCCGUCGCUCCCGGGCGUCGGGCCUCCUUCUCCGCCUGGCCCAGGACUGGCGGCCGGCGGGGGUCGCGGCGGCGGCAGCGGCGGCGGGGGCGCUGGCGGGCCGCGGGUGGCGGGGGCCUGGCCGCGGCUCUGGGUGUUAGGAGACAAGAUGGCGGCGGCGUUCAGGAGGCCGGUCUCCUCCUCUCCGCCGUCCUCCUCCCCGCCGCUCGCCGCCUCCUCCUCCCGGGUCUCCUCCUCCUCUUUCGCUGCCUCCUCCUCCUCCUGCAGCAGCACCAACGACCGCCGAGGCGCCGGCUCGCCCUCCCGGAGCUCCGGAGGGGGAUAGACGGGGCAGCUGCAGGCUCCGGCGACCGAGGCCGAGCUGGGGCCGGGGCGGGGACGGCGGCGGCGGCGGAGGCGGCGGCGGCGGCGCCGGGUGGGGAUGGGGUCGCAGACGCUGCAGAUCCUCCGACAGGGGGUGUGGGCCGCGCUCAGCGGGGGCUGGUAUUACGACCCGCACCAGGCCACCUUCGUGAACGCGCUGCACCUCUACCUGUGGCUGUUUCUGCUGGGCCUGCCCUUCACCCUCUACAUGGCCCUUCCUUCUUCCAUGAUUAUAGUAGCAGUUUAUUGUCCUGUGAUAGCUGCUGUUUUCGUUGUUCUGAAGAUGGUCAACUAUCGACUACACAGAGCACUUGAUGCUGGAGAAAUUGUAGAUAGGACUGCAAAUGAGUUCACGGAUCAGCGAGCCAAAGCUGAACAAGGCAACUGUUCUAGCAGGAGAAAAGACAGCAAUGGACCGAGUGAUCCUGGUGGAGGGAUUGAGAUGUCUGAGUUCAUCCGAGAGGCCACACCCCCAGUUGGUUGCAGUUCCAGAAACUCUUAUGCUGGUCUAGAUCCUAGCAACCAGAUCGGAUCUGGUUCCUCGCGUCUCGGAACAGCAGCAACUAUUAAAGGAGAUACUGACACUGCUAAGACUUCUGAUGAUAUCAGUUUAAGUCUGGGCCAAAGUUCUAGUCUUUGUAAGGAAGGAAGUGAAGAACAAGAUUUGGCAACUGAUCGGAAGCUCUUUCGUCUUGUUUCCAAUGACUCCUUCAUCUCCAUUCAGCCUUCCUUAUCCUCUUGUGGACAGGACUUACCAAGAGACUUCAGUGACAAAGUGAGCCUGCCAAGUCAUAGCCACCACCACCAUGUUGAUCAGUCUCUGUCCAGUGCCUGUGACACAGAAGUAGCUUCUCUUGUACCUUUACACUCACACUCUUAUAGAAAAGACCACCGGCCGCGAGGUGUACCACGGACUUCUAGCUCUGCUGUGGCUUUUCCAGACACGUCACUGAAUGAUUUUCCCCUUUAUCAGCAAAGACGUGGGUUAGAUCCAGUUAGUGAGUUAGAAUCUUCCAAGCCUCUUUCUGGAUCCAAAGAAUCCUUGGUGGAAAAUUCUGGUUUAUCUGGGGAAGUUCAGCUGGCUGGUGACUUGAAAAUCAAUACUUCUCAGCCACCCACAAAAAGUGGGAAGAGCAAACCUUUGAAAGCAGACAAAAGCAUGGACAGCUUGAGGAGCCUGAGCACACGGAGUAGUGGGUCAACUGAGAGCUACUGCAGUGGAACAGACCGGGACACUAACAGUACUGUCAGCAGCUAUAAAAGCGAGCAUACCAGCUCAACUCACAUAGAGAGCAUUUUGUCAGAGCAUGAGGAAUCUCCUAAAGCAGGAACAAAAAGUGGGAGGAAAAAAGAGUGCUGUGCAGGCCUAGAGGAAAAGAGUAGCUAUGCUGGUGUCAAAAGGACUAGCAGUGAAAAGAUUGCCAUGGAAGCGAGUACUAACGGUGGGGUUCACGAGGCCAAGGACUCUACCCCCUCUGAUGAGAUGCACAACCAGAGAGGUCUCAGCACCUCUGCAUCUGAAGAAGCCAAUAAAAAUCCCCAUGCAAAUGAAUUUACUUCCCAAGGGGACAGACCACCUGGGAACACUGCAGAAAACAAAGAAGAGCAGAGUGAUAAGUCAGCUGUUUCUGUGGAUUCCAAAGUGUGUAAAGAUGUUGGUGGAAAGCAAAAGGAAGAGGAUGUUCGACCGAAAUCUUCUAGCGUAAUCCAUCGGACAGGUUCUGCCCACAAGUCGGGCAGGAGGCGGACAGGAAAAAAACGGGCUAGCAGUUUUGAUUCAAGUCGGCAUAGGGACUAUGUUUGCUUUCGAGGUGUUUCUGGUACCAAGCCACGCAGUGCUAUAUUUUGUCAUGACGAGGACUCUAGCGAUCAAAGCGACUUGAGUAGAGCAUCAAGUGUUCAGUCUGCUCACCAGUUCAGCAGUGAUAGCUCGUCUAGCACCACUUCUCAUUCCUGUCAGUCUCCUGAAGGUAGAUACAGUGCUCUAAAGACAAAACACACUCAUAAAGAAAGGGGCACAGACUCUGAACAUACACACAAAGCUCAUUUGGGUCCUGAAGGAACUGGCAAAAAGCGUGCAACACGACGGACUUCUAGCACAAAUAGUGCCAAGACUCGUGCCCGAGUGUUGAGCCUGGACAGUGGCACAGUAGCAUGUUUGAAUGACUCAAACAGGUUAAUGGCACCUGAAAGUAUAAAGCCCUUAACCACUUCAAAAUCAGAUCUUGAGGCCAAAGAGGGAGAGGUGCUAGAUGAGCUAUCUUUAUUAGGACGGGCUUCCCAGUUAGAGACAGUCACUCGAUCUAGGAAUAGCUUGCCAAACCAGGUUGCAUUUCCUGAAGGGGAAGAGCAAGAUGCAGUCAGCGGAGCAGCACAAGCCAGCGAGGAGGCAGUGUCAUUUCGUCGUGAACGCAGCACAUUUAGGCGCCAGGCAGUACGGCGCCGGCACAAUGCAGGGAGUAACCCUACCCCUCCUACAUUGCUCAUCGGAUCACCCCUAAGCCUUCAAGAUGGUCAGCAAGGCCAGCAGUCCACAACCCAGGUCAAAGUCCAGUCCCGCCCCCCUUCCCAGGCUGCAGUGCUCAGUGCUAGUGCCUCCUUGCUGGUGAGAAAUGGGAGUGUCCACUUAGAAGCAUCACAUGACAAUGCAUCUGCUGUAGGCGGUAGCAGUUUGCAGGAUGAACUUGGUAAGUUCUCUUCUACGCUGUAUGAGACUGGUGGCUGUGAUAUGUCACUUGUGAAUUUUGAACCAGCAGCAAGAAGAGCAUCCAAUAUCUGUGACACAGAUUCUCAUGUAUCCAGUUCUACCUCAGUUCGAUUUUAUCCACAUGAUGUGCUCUCUCUCCCACAGAUUCGAUUGAAUAGACUAUUGACCAUUGAUACAGAUUUGUUGGAGCAACAGGACAUUGAUCUAAGCCCUGACUUGGCAGCUACUUACGGCCCAACAGAAGAAGCUGCCCAAAAGGUUAAACACUAUUAUCGUUUUUGGAUCCUACCCCAGCUGUGGAUUGGCAUUAACUUUGACAGACUCACACUUUUGGCCCUGUUUGAUAGAAAUCGUGAGAUCCUAGAAAAUGUGUUAGCUGUCAUCCUGGCUAUUCUCGUGGCUUUUUUGGGAUCUAUUCUUCUUAUACAAGGCUUCUUCAGAGAUAUCUGGGUCUUCCAGUUCUGCCUGGUCAUAGCCAGUUGUCAAUACUCACUACUUAAGAGUGUUCAACCAGAUUCUUCUUCUCCCAGACAUGGUCAUAAUCGUAUCAUUGCCUACAGUAGACCAGUUUAUUUCUGCUUAUGUUGUGGUCUUAUUUGGCUCUUGGAUUAUGGUAGCAGAAACCUGACUGCAACCAAGUUCAAAUUAUAUGGAAUAACUUUCACCAAUCCACUGGUGUUUAUAUCAGCCAGGGAUUUAGUUAUAGUGUUUACACUCUGUUUCCCAAUAGUGUUUUUCAUUGGUCUCCUGCCUCAGGUGAAUACAUUUGUAAUGUACCUUUGUGAGCAGUUGGAUAUUCAUAUCUUUGGUGGUAAUGCCACUACAAGCCUGCUUGCAGCACUUUACAGUUUUAUCUGUAGCAUUGUGGCAGUAGCCUUAUUGUAUGGAUUAUGUUAUGGAGCUUUAAAGGAUUCUUGGGAUGGCCAGCAUAUUCCAGUACUAUUUUCCAUUUUUUGUGGUUUGUUAGUGGCAGUGUCUUAUCAUCUCAGCCGACAAAGCAGUGAUCCAUCUGUACUUUUCUCUUUAGUGCAAUCCAGGAUUUUUCCAAAAAUGGAAGAGAAAAAUCCAGAAGACCCUCUCGCUGAAGUAAAAGAUCCACUUCCUGAAAAACUUAGAAAUUCUGUUAGUGAACGAUUACAGUCUGACCUAGUAGUAUGCAUUGUAAUUGGUGUGCUGUAUUUUGCUAUUCAUGUAAGCACCGUCUUCACAGUAUUGCAGCCUGCUCUCAAGUAUGUGUUGUAUACAUUGGUUGGCUUUGUGGGUUUUGUAACACAUUAUGUGCUGCCUCAAGUUAGAAAACAGCUACCAUGGCACUGUUUCUCUCAUCCUCUGCUAAAGACAGUAGAGUAUAAUCAAUAUGAAGUUCGAAAUGCAGCCACUAUGAUGUGGUUUGAGAAACUUCAUGUGUGGCUUCUUUUUGUGGAGAAGAAUAUAAUCUAUCCAUUGAUUGUUCUCAAUGAACUUAGCAGCAGUGCAGAGGCAAUUGCUAGUCCAAAGAAACUAGAUACAGAAUUAGGUGCUUUAAUGAUCACCGUUGCUGGUUUGAAGUUGCUACGAUCCUCUUUUAGCAGCCCUACAUAUCAGUAUGUCACAGUCAUCUUUACCGUGCUCUUUUUCAAAUUUGACUAUGAAGCUUUUUCAGAGACUAUGCUGUUGGAUCUCUUCUUUAUGUCCAUACUCUUCAACAAGCUUUGGGAACUCCUUUAUAAAUUGCAGUUCGUGUAUACCUAUAUUGCCCCAUGGCAGAUCACAUGGGGUUCUGCUUUCCAUGCUUUUGCUCAGCCUUUUGCAGUGCCCCACUCAGCCAUGCUGUUCAUUCAGGCUGCUGUCUCCGCCUUCUUCUCUACUCCACUGAAUCCCUUUCUGGGAAGUGCAAUAUUCAUCACUUCAUAUGUCCGACCUGUGAAAUUCUGGGAGAGAGACUAUAACACAAAACGAGUGGAUCAUUCAAAUACCAGAUUGGCUUCUCAGCUUGAUAGAAAUCCAGGAUCAGAUGACAACAAUCUGAAUUCCAUCUUUUAUGAACAUUUAACUAGAUCCCUACAACAUAGCCUCUGUGGUGAUUUGCUACUAGGACGGUGGGGAAACUACAGUACAGGGGACUGUUUCAUCCUUGCCUCUGACUAUCUCAAUGCAUUAGUACACCUUAUAGAGAUAGGCAAUGGUCUGGUCACUUUUCAGCUGCGGGGACUUGAAUUCAGAGGUACCUACUGUCAACAACGGGAAGUGGAGGCCAUUACUGAAGGUGUAGAGGAAGAUGAAGGAUUUUGCUGUUGUGAACCUGGCCAUAUUCCUCACAUGCUUUCAUUUAAUGCUGCAUUUAGCCAGCGAUGGCUAGCUUGGGAAGUGAUAGUCACAAAGUAUAUUCUAGAGGGUUAUAGCAUCACUGAUAAUAGCGCUGCUUCUAUGCUUCAAGUCUUUGAUCUUCGGAAAGUACUCACCACUUACUAUGUCAAGGGUAUCAUUUAUUAUGUUACGACCUCUUCUAAGCUGGAGGAGUGGCUAGCUAAUGAGACAAUGCAAGAAGGACUUCGUCUGUGUGCAGAUCGCAAUUAUGUCGAUGUGGACCCGACCUUUAAUCCAAACAUUGAUGAAGACUAUGACCACCGACUGGCAGGCAUAUCUAGGGAGAGUUUCUGUGUGAUUUACCUCAACUGGAUAGAGUACUGCUCUUCCCGAAGAGCAAAGCCACUGGAUGUGGACAAAGAUUCUUCCCUGGUGACUCUCUGUUAUGGACUCUGUGUACUCGGACGGAGAGCUUUGGGGACUGCAUCCCAUCAUAUGUCCAGUAAUUUAGAGUCAUUCCUCUAUGGAUUGCAUGCCCUAUUUAAAGGAGAUUUCCGUAUUUCUUCAAUUCGAGAUGAAUGGAUCUUUGCUGACAUGGAAUUGCUAAGGAAAGUGGUAGUCCCUGGGAUACGUAUGUCCAUUAAACUUCAUCAGGAUCAUUUUACUUCUCCAGAUGAAUAUGAUGACCCUACUGUGCUCUAUGAAGCCAUUGUAUCUCAUGAGAAAAACCUCGUAAUAGCCCACGAAGGGGACCCUGCAUGGCGGAGUGCAGUACUUGCCAACUCUCCCUCCUUGCUUGCUCUGCGGCAUGUCAUGGAUGAUGGCACCAAUGAAUAUAAAAUCAUCAUGCUCAACAGACGCUACCUGAGCUUCAGAGUCAUUAAAGUGAAUAAGGAAUGUGUCCGAGGUCUUUGGGCGGGUCAACAGCAGGAGCUUGUUUUUCUACGUAACCGUAACCCAGAGAGAGGUAGCAUCCAAAAUGCAAAGCAAGCCCUGAGAAACAUGAUAAACUCAUCUUGUGAUCAACCUAUUGGCUACCCAAUCUUUGUCUCACCCCUGACAACUUCUUACUCUGACAGCCACGAACAGCUUAAAGACAUUCUUGGGGGUCCUAUCAGCUUGGGAAAUAUCAGGAACUUCAUAGUGUCAACCUGGCACAGGCUUAGGAAAGGUUGCGGAGCUGGAUGUAACAGUGGUGGCAAUAUUGAAGAUUCUGAUACUGGAGGUGGGACUUCCUGCACUGGUAACAAUACAACAACUGCCAACGAUCCCCACAGCAACCUAUCCCAGGGAAGCACUGGAAAUCCUGGGCAGGGAUCAGGAACCGGGCUCCAUCCACCUGUCACAUCUUAUCCUCCACCACUAGGCACUAGCCACAGCUCUCACUCUGUGCAGUCGGGCCUGGUCAGACAGUCUCCUGCCCGGGCCUCAGUAGCCAGCCAGUCUUCCUACUGCUACAGCAGCCGGCAUUCGUCUCUCCGGAUGUCCGCCACGGGGUUUGUGCCUUGUCGGCGCUCCUCCACCAGUCAGAUAUCGCUUCGAAACUUGCCAUCCUCCAUCCAGUCCCGCCUGUCGAUGGUGAACCAGAUGGAACCCUCCAGUCAGAGUGGCCUGGCCUGUGUGCAACACGGCCUCCCUUCCUCCAGCAGCUCCAGCCAAAGCAUCCCAGCCUGCAAACAUCACACUUUAGUGGGCUUUCUUGCGACAGAGGGAGGUCAAGGCAGUGCCACUGAUGCACAGCCAGGCAAUACCUUAAGUCCUGCCAAUAAUUCACACGCCAGAAAGGGAGAAGUGAUUUACAGAGUCCAAAUUGUGGAUCCCGGUCAAAUUCUGGAAGGGAUCAACCUGUCUAAAAGAAAAGAGCUACAGUGGCCUGAUGAGGGAAUUCGGUUGAAAGCUGGGAGAAAUAGCUGGAAAGACUGGAGUCCGCAGGAGGGCAUGGAAGGCCAUGUGAUUCACCGAUGGGUGCCUUGCAGCAGAGAUCCAGGUACUAGAUCCCACAUCGACAAGGCAGUGCUUCUGGUCCAGAUUGAUGAUAAAUAUGUGACUGUAAUUGAAACUGGGGUACUAGAACUUGGCGCUGAAGUGUGAGCCAAUGUUUUAUAAAGACGUUUAUUUUUCCCUCUUAAUUCCAAGACACUGGAAAAAGAGAGGAGCAAGCAGAAGAUGCCUGCAGGUAUCACAUCAAUCCUGUAUGGGAGAGACUGAAAGCAGAAUGAGCUUGGCUAAGCGCCUCUCCCUUGCCCUUCACCCUGACUCCUGUCACUGUCUCCAUCCCCAAAUAAAGCCAAAAUAUUUUUUUAAGUUAGUUGCCAAGAAAACAUUUUGCAUGAAAGAUAAAGUUCUGUUAAAAUACAUCCUUAAAAAAAGUUUUUCCUAUGCAUUGCCUAUGCUUUAAAUCAACAAACUCUUCAUUUCUAAACUAUGAUCUCGUAUUUUUCUAAUUUCUUUGCCAAAAAUAAUUGCCAUGUUUUGUCAUAGAACAUGAAAUUCAUUUACCUUGAUUUUUAAAAACAGACCAGUAUAGAAAUGUUCUGUAUGACUUAUAGCAGUAUAAAAGUUUAAUGUACAGUGAAAGAGACUAUGAACAGACAUAGAUUUAUCUUAUUCCUUGAGCGCUAAAAACUUUAAUGAAAAAAAAAACUGCACUAAUUUUUUACAGCAAUGCACUAAAGUCUGAGAUUUCUCAGAACAUUUAUUUAUAUAUAAAAAUAAAAUACCAUUAUUUAAAUUGCCUUUGGGAUUAACCCCUUCCCUUAUAAAUAUAGGUAGCAGGAAUUGUGCUGCUAAUUUUUCUGUUAGUAGUCUGUACUUCAUGCCAGGACAUUGGAUGUUUUCUUUAAAAUGAAUAUGUAAUCUCAAGGUAUACAUAGCUUCCUCAUUGACAUUUCCCAGAGCCAAUAGUCAGCGGAUCAGUCAUGUGAACACUACUGCCAGCUCCUGUGUCCACAUCUCAGAGGAGCCCAUGUGCUCUGCUUCUCUCCAGCAGGGCAGGCUCUGCUGGGCUCGCUUCUGGGAAGAAAAUGCUUUUCUUUAAGAAGAAGGUGAAUAUCCAGGAAUUUAAAGAGAGGAUCGAUUGCCUUUUAUUUAUUUUAUGAGUUUCUAGCUCUUGAAGUUAUUCAAAUGCAGUUUAGUUAAUCAAGUAAAAUUUUUUCAAAUAAAAAUAUCCAAAUGGUGCAGUUAUUAUUAUAUCCCUCUUUAAUAAUUUUGCUUUUUAUUUUUCCCUCUUCUUUUUCUAUUACUUGAAUUUUAUUUCCUGUAAUUUAUAGUGUGUAGCUGUAAAUUGAAAUAUUUAUAACUGUGAAAUUGACUAAAUUCAUAUGUUGUCUCAUAACUUAAAUUUUAUUGGUUUUUUUAAAAAAAUGUAUAUUCAGGGAAAUAUAUUACUCAUAUUUACAAUUGGGCGAUAUGGGAAUUUCAAUUUAAAUUUAAUUUGCAACUUUUAGCAUUUUUAAAAUCCUUAAGAAAAUUUUCCCUUUUGUUGUGAAACUCCAAAGAAAAUUGUACAUCUCCUCUGAGCAUUUAGGAGCAGCCAUCUUUGUACCCCUUGUGAAUAGAACAUUGAAAGAAACAGGUAAAAGUAAUUUUAAUAAUGCAUUUUAUUUAAUCCAGUACAUUCGAAGUAUUACUAUUUCAUCAUGUCUCACUAGCCAUAUUUCAAGUACUCAAUAGCUACAUGUACCUAGUGGCUACUGUAUUAGACAGUACAGAUUUAAAGUAUCUUUUACUGAGGUGGCAGAAGAGAGAAGCUGUUUUUCCUACUAAUUCUGAUGUAGAUCUCACGUUAUAACAUAACAUUACAGUAGAAGGAAUGAAAACUAAGAAAGCAAAUAGUGAACAUACCAAUCUUCCUGCAUUUCUACUUUGAAACCUAUUUAUUUUUCCUUUUUCUAAUUUUAAACUUCUGUGGUCAUUCAGAACCUAAUGUGCCUUGUGUUGACAUUUCCAUAGACUUCACACUUUACAAAAUUUACUGUUUAAAAAUACUUGUCAAAUGAUUUACUGAACCUUUAUACAAAGAUACCCUUUCGAAAUUGACCAUUUAAAAAUGUAUUUUUCUGAUAGUCAUUAUAUUCUGCAUUUGCCUCAUUUUGGCAGAUCUACAGUAUGCCAUUAAAGUUUAGUGGUUUUGGUUUUAGAGGGUUUUUUUUUUCCUGAAACUGAAUUUAUAAUAAAUUUCUCUAUGUACAUAUAUUUUUUAAAUCUUCUCAAAGUAACUGUGUUCCCUUUGGCUUGUUCCCUUUGUGAAGUGAGUAUGAUCUUUUCAUGGUCAUUGCCUAGAUAAGAGAUAAGUAGAGCCUUUUCAGUCUUAGACGGAAGGUAAUUCGUUUUCCCACGCAGAAAAAAUAAAUCUGACCUUCACAUGAUUUAAUCAGAAAGGGCUGGAAUUUUUUGAUUUCUAGCCCCUGCUCCAUAAAAAUUUUUAACGCAUCACAUACUCUGAAAAGUCAGAUUUCAAAUGCAAGACUAGAUUUUAUAUGGAACAUAUAUGUUGGGUUUUGAUUUUGGGUAGCAAUUGAUAUACAUUUUUCUCAAAACAGGUUGAAUUUUGUUAACAUAUAAUUCUUUAGUGAGUUUAUAAAUUAGGAACCCUGAGAGAAACCCUGUUGUUUUUCUUAAGAGUCUAAAACUGACAGUCUUUUAAAAAUCAUAGUACUUUUCUAGUAAUUGCAUCAGGGGAAAUGGUGAUAAUUGAAGAAACAUUUAUUUCUUAAGAAUAAUUUGAUCUAAAUUAUAUGGGCAUAUAACACUUGCGUUAACUUAAUUGAUCAUAAAUUUUUGUUCCUGCCUCACCUGUCACCCCCCGCUCCGAGAAUCAUGAAUGACUUGUUUAGAUUCUCUGCUUCACCUUUUUCAGUUAUGUACAAGACUUCAGCCUACAUUAAUGUCUUUAGUUUAUAAAUUGCCAAUGCUUCGAUUUUCAUAAUUUGAAAGUAAAAAGAUAUAACUAAAACACUAGCUUUUUAAAAUUCAUUUCCUUUUUAUAAUGUUGUAUGAUUGAAAUCUUUCUGUUUUUUCUUGUUUAAUUCUUCCCCACCCCGACCCCCCCUUAUAAGAGAAAGAUAAUCAUGGAAUGAGUUAUAUAUUGUUGCCUUUUUUUUCUUUCAUUCGGUGACAAAAAACAUUUUAUAGCUCCUAACUAAGCUUUUGGUUAAUCUUCCAAUUUAUACCUUGGUGUGAACUCUCUUUUUACACCAUUUUCAACACUGGAUAAAACUUUAAUGUUGACUUUUUUGCUAAAGAACUUUAAUUUUUCCAAGAAUCUAGAUUAACAUAAGAUGUUGAUGUUUAAGGAACUUGGAAGAGUAAGUGGUAAGGCUGUAUGUAUAUUUUUUAAGAGAUUGCCUUUUAGGAAAUUAGUGAACAAACUUAACCAGUGUUCUGCCUUCUUUGACUUUGUUACUGGAGGAUGAUGAUCUAAUUCUAUUAGGUUUGAAGUCGUUUGGAAAAUAUUUCAAGUAUAUCUGAAAUACUUCUAAUUUUUGAAACAGAAGUAGACAGACAGUAUUUGUAUCCCAAGUGAGAUAUGGAAUAUUACUCUGUGUACUAAAUGUCAGGCAAUGAAAAUACAAGUUUUUGUGUAGGAAACCCAGUAAGAAGAUGUGUUUCUCUUUCUGAAUUAGUUUAUUUUUCCAUCACAUACCAAAAUACAAAACUCAGCCUCAUGUUUUUCAGCAGGGGCAGCUUAGCCUUGAUAAAUUCCUCUGUGCUUCUGAGCAUCAUCCUUCUGCCUCUGCCUAGCAGCUCUGCUUUUGGUGAAUUGCUGUUGUGAGCCAUUCAUCCAGCACUGGGCCUUUUAAGCUGAAGAUUCACCCAUUGUCUAGAAUUGUCCUUUUCUUUUAGCUAGCUUUCAAGCAUCUUUCCUCCUAAAUAAAUAUGUGACUUGAGAAAAAGGUGAUAAUGAUUUUGUCAGAAUCCUUUGACUUUAUAUUUACUAGCUACUUAAACAUAAACUGUUGUCCAUAUUGUUAAUUUCUUUUAUAUUUAUUUUAAUUAAUUUUUCAUGAAUAUGAACAAAGCCUUUUCUGGGGUGUGUGUUUGUUUUUUAAGUCCUCAUUAUUCAUUCAUAUUCUUUUAUUUGUGUAAGGUAAUCAUAUAAAGUUAUUUUGGACACAGACCCAGUUAAUUUUUUCUUUUGAUAGAGGAUACAUUGUUCAGAUAAGGUAUAAAAUGUCCCUUUUUAUUCUAGAGGCUUUUCCUUUAAUUCCAAGAUUAGUGGAGAGAAUAAUGUCAGUCAAGGUAAGAUGGCACAUGGAACUUGCUAACAGACUUAGGACAUUUUGUUUCAUUCUUACCUGGAUAUUGUUUUACUGGUGUUGAGAAAGAAGAAAAAUUAGAUACUACCAUGCAUUGGGGCAGCAUAAUUUUAAUAUUACAUUGAAUAUAGCUUUUUAAAAAUAAGUAUUAAAAAGCCUUUUCUUCAUUUAUUUUUUUUUAAUUUGGUUAAUAUGCAUCCAGACUGUCUUAUUUUUACUUGUUAAAUGUCUAGGAAGAAUUGUGAUUGGAAAGGAAUUAAUUAUAAAUCUGGUAGGAUAUAGGUGGAGUGAGUUUGCUUGAAACAGAAGUAUAUUUUCUACUUUGAAUCACCUCACCAGAGUCAUCUGUCAAGAAUUAUGUAUGAAAACAAUUUCUCUUUAUUGCCUACAAGCCACAUACUCUUUCUGGAUUAAGAUAAAUAACUUAUGUUUGUGAAUUGAACUUCAUUAUCUGCCAUUUUGUGGAAUCAACCUCACAUUUCAACUAGAGCUGAUUGUCACCACAAGGUUAUAUGACAACUCUGUUCUAAGACUUAUGCCUAUUAUAUAGGGUUAUACCUUUUUUCUUAUGCCUCAGCGCUGUACCUGACAAUUUAUAAUUCGGUGGAGCCAAGCUAGAGCUAGAAGGAACGAAGGUCAUCCUAACACUGUGACGGGGAUGAAUUCCUGGGUAUUACCUGCACAAUGAGGUGGUGCCCUGGAAUUCACAACAGAGUAGUAAUAGAGCAUAAGAUGGCUGCUCCAGAUGACUCUUGGGUUUAGUGUACUUGUGAUUGAACAAUAUUUUUUAUAUACGAAGCUUGAUUCUACAACCAAAAUAAUAGAAGUUUUUUGGGGGAGGGGAUCAUAUCUGCUUAUGCUUUUUAAAAGCUUAAAGUUUAAGUAAAAGUAAAUUGUAAAAACUGAUUAACCCUGCACAAGUCUGGCAAUGAGCUCUGCAUGAGGAAAUGGAAGGAGGAAUAUUGAACAUGAUUCUUGGAAAGUGGACGUAAGGAGGAAAAUGGGUUUUCCUUUUCUGAUCAUGGGCUCUGGAAAGUAUUCAUGGCCUUUACCAGCAUUCAGUAUAAACCAGAGAUAAGGACAUAUGUACUUACGUGUGUCUGUGAGUGUGUGUGUGUGUGUGUGUGUGUGUGUGUGUGUCUGAGUGUUAUUCUGAGCAGCUUGUAAAUAUUGUAGUUGUUUAAAAUGGAAAAUAAAGGCUGAGUUUUUUUGGCAAAUAUAUUGCAUCAAAAAUACAGUAUUGAUGGUGGAUAAACACUGAGGAAAUAAAUUUUUUUUUCAUUUUGC